GCACAGCCACAUUGGCUCUUUCUGGAUAAGACUUGGGACCCCAGCUCUAAAACACAAAAAGCACCUAAUUAAGAAAAAAAAUUCUUGGAUUGCAAUGAAAGCCAUCAUGCACAGUGAUCCCCCAGAAUUGAUUUUGACAACCCCUAGUAGCACUAGAAGAUCAAGAUUUGAGUGUUACAUGAAGGUCAUAAGAGAUUGUGGAAAUGCCUGUGGAAGAGUAGAAGAUGGGAUUCAAACCCACGCAUGCAGAGCACAAUGGAUUAGCAGUCCAUCGCCUUAACCACUCGGCCACCUCGUCACAUCCACCUCGGAUUUUACGUCAUCGUGAUAAGCCCGCCCACGUCUAGAGGAUCGGUAUAAGAGGCGACUCAGGGGACUGUGCGUUACUGGAUCUGUGAAAGUCAAGAAGAGAGGAUGCCUACGUCACAAACUGGAUUUGGUGAUUUCUUUCUUGGGAGGAACGCCAGCAUGCCGCCAGGAUAUCAGAUGUCAGUUCUGGGGUGCCCACCCGGGGUGCAGCCACCUCCUCAUUUCGCGGCCAUCGCCGGUGUCCCUUUGACUUACCCGGGACUUCAGGGGUACAAUUUUAUCCCAUAUCCUCACUCCAGACACAUGGGGCACAUGAACAAUUCAUAUGAUGUGAAAGCUGCUCCCCCAUUCCAUCCGGGACUGCUGGGCAGAGGCGCAUCGUUUUAUUCCCCUUACCGGCCAGUGGCGACAGAUGACCCCAGCAGGGUUGCCAAGGUGGCCACUCGCGAGAGCACCAGCGCGCUGAAGGCGUGGUUGAACGAACACCUGAAAAACCCCUAUCCUACAAAGGGCGAGAAGAUCAUGCUAGCCAUCGUGACAAAGAUGAGCCUUACGCAGGUGUCCACCUGGUUCGCCAACGCCAGACGACGUCUGAAGAAAGAGAACCGGGUGAGCUGGGCGUCAAAGGGGAAAUCCGAUGAAGAAGAGGAGGACAGCGAAGAGGAAUGCUCAACCCAGAAAGGUCAGGGUUCCGAUGACGAAGACGAAAUUGACCCACAGACAGUAGAUGAAGAGGUGGAGAUCGGAGUCACUGGCUCCGAUGGUGCACCCCGGCCCGUGGAUGUGCAGUUAUCUCAAGGAAUUGACAUGCAGACAGAAACUCCGGCCGCAAACUCCACAUGUGAAACAGACGGUCAGAAGAAAGUGGAAUCUGGCUCAGGUAAAAUGGAAUGCAAGGGAAAUACAGACCCCCAAAAGCCCAAAAUCUGGUCUCUCGCGGAGACUGCAACCUCGGACAUUGGGAAAAAAACCCACGAAUGGGGUCACGGUCAACAAAACGAUAACAAGUGGUGGGUUCACUGGGCAUCUAGAAAUGGACAAUUUUUUCCUAUCAGCCAAACUACACAAGAUAUGUUGAGGCAGAGCGUUUCCAGAGACUUGAACUGUUGACAAGCAAUUUUGGGGAAAACAUCGCACUUUCAUUUUCAAAAUUUAGCAGAUUUCGUGGAAGUAAUGCACACGUUGGCAGACGCGUGUGUUAUGGGAUCUCCUGCAAUAUGUGGUUUAAAACCAAAGAUUUUUGAACACAUUCAGGUUUGUGUAAAUAUUUGUAUAAAGUCUAUUUUGUUGAGCGUGUUUGUAAAUUAUAAGCUGGUUCCACAGAAAACACAAGCAUAUUUUCAUAAUAAAGUCUUUCGAUCUCUAGAAAA